AUGGCAAAGUUCGAUGAUUUAUUAGAUAAUAGCAAGGAUGUCUUGAAUAACAAUGAUGGCUAUAAUAAACUGAAUGAGCCAAAAGGUAGAAUAAGAGUUAGUAAAGCAUGCGAUAGAUGUAGAACUCAAAAGAUUAAAUGUUCAGGGACUUAUCCAUGUACAACUUGUACCAAACAUAAAAGAGAAUGUAUUUAUUCAUCUAAUCAACAAGUUGCCCGAACAAAAGAAGUUGAACAAGUACCAACCAUCUUAAAUACCAAAACACCUAAAGAAUUACCCUAUGUAAUUAGGAGCGAAGACAAGUCAUAUAUAAGACAUCUUGAAAAUAGAAUCCAAUAUCUUGAAAGCAGAUUGAGUGCUGAAGGAGAAAAAGUUGCUAGUUUUGCUUCGAAUGGUGAAACUGAAGAUGAAACCACCGAAAGAUUUGUCAGCCUUACUAGUAAAUGGAGAUAUUCCAAUAGAAAUCAAAUUUUAUUGAUUUCAGAAUUAUGUUAUAAUACUUAUAGUUAUUUGAAUGAUGAAAACAAAACAUUGGUUGAUUUACCAAGAUCCCAAUAUUUUGGUUGGAAUAUGAGUGGUACACAUUAUUUAAGUCCUGAAGCUUUACCUUCUUUACCUGAAGUAAAUUUAGAUCACGAUAUUUCAUUCUAUGUUGACUAUUUCUUCAAAGAGAUUAAUCCCUUAUUUGCAAUUGUUCAUGAACCCGUUUUCAGAUUACAAGUUGAGAGUUAUUUGGCAUUGACCAACAAUAAUGAAAUAGAUGAUACUAAUGAAACCAAAUUAUUUGAAGCCAUGUUAUAUUUGAUAGUUGUGAUUGUUAUCAGAUUCACAGAAUUCCAGAAGAAAAAAGACCUCAAAAUGGAAAACUUAGACAUUGAAGAGAUCCUCUUCAAACAUUGUCAUAGAAUAGUCAAAAUUUUAAGUUUCGAGUGGGAAAGUUUCGAAUUAAUCCAAUGUUGGUUACUUAUGACUCUUUAUUUAAGGGUAACUCACCGUCAAACUUCUUUUUUCCAAUCCAUGGGUUAUGCUAUAUCAAUGACAAAGUCAAUGGGUUUAAGUAGAAGAAGUGUCAGCCAUAGAAUACCAGGAACUGCAUAUGAAGGUUUGAAAGCCAAAAGAAUUUUCUGGUCAGUGUUCGUAUUCGAAAGAUUAUUCGGUUUACAAAGUGGUAGAUAUGGAUUAUUAUCCGUGGAUGAAAUCGAAUUAGAUUUCCCCAGUUAUGAUUUCAAAGUGGAAAAUCAAAAAGAUAAUUGGAUUACUUUACCAUCGUUAGCUUUGAUUCAAAUAGCUAAAUUAUCAUCAGUUGUUCAUUCUGCCAGUAGAGAAAAAUUAGAUCUCUUGAAAUAUCAACAAAUUAAUAAAGAAAUCGUUUUCUUGAAUAAUUGGUUGAAUGAUAAUGGUUUCAAUAAUAAUGAAAUUUUUAAUAACCCCAAUGAAACCAUUUCUUCUUUGGUGAAAUCUCAAGUAAAACUUCAUUACUAUGAUUUGAUUUUAAGUAUUCAUGGGAAGAUUCUUUUCAAUUUUGUAGGGAGAAGAAUUGCUACCCAAGGUUUGAAAAUCGAAAUGGUGCUAGACAGUUGUAUCAAUAUUGUUGAAAUCUAUCUUAAAAUUAGUAAAGCGGGCUUAUUAUACACACCGUGGUAUUUUGGGUUGUUAUUAUUGUUCAAUGUGGGUGUCAACUUUUUAAUCUUAAUCAAUGCUGGACUUUUCUUACCCACAGCCAGGGAUUAUUACUCGAGGACAAUAAAUUUAAUUACAAUUUUGAAGAAAGCAAAUGUUAAAUCCGAAGAUAACAAAAUCAUUGUGAAAAACAGAUUUAAAAUGGUAGAAGAAUGUUUAUGGGCUUUGAAAAAUGCUAGUAAAAUGUUGACUUUACGAUUUAAACAAGAUUUGGAUGUUUUGAAUUCCAUAGGUAUUGAUCCAGGAUCCAAUGAAGUUAACAAGCAAACUUUUACUCAAUAUGGAUUAGCUAAUGAUGUAGCUAGAGGUGAAGUCCAAGAAUUCACUGAAUUAAUUAGAACCGGUAAAAGGAGAAGACUCGAUAGUCAUGAUUCCGUUCAAGGUAAGACCAUCAACAAACAUUCCAGAGAUGAUUCAUUAUCCUAUCAAUAUGAAGAUGGUCCAGCUACUAGUAAUACUGAUAAUUCGGGUGGUGGUUCAAUAGAAAUUGAAAGAAUGGAGAAAGAAAGAAAUGAUAAAAAAAUUUAUGGUAAUUUAACUUGGUUCGACCAAUGGUUAGAUUUCAAUCUUGAUAGCGAGCUUUUGAUGAACAAUAUCUCUUCCGACAGAGAGUUAAUGAAUGGAUCAUUAAGUAAUUCUAAUGAAGAAGCUGAUGAUCAAUAUAAUUUUCAAUAA